AUGGAGGCAUACAUUCAAGCACAAGGCUCUCUACUUUGGAAGAAGGUGACUACUCCUUUUCAAGUGCCUGAUCAAGUUAACGAUGCUAAUCGAGUGAAUGUGGAGAAUAAUAGCAAGGCAAGGAACUUGAUCAUCCAAGGACUUGGAAGGAGUGACUUUGAUCGCGUGGUGCAUCACAAGUCGACAUUUGAGGUAUGGAAAGCAUUAUGUGAUUAUCAUGAAGGUUCAUCUACUAUAAAAGAGGUACGUCAAGAUAUGUACAAAAAGGAUUACAUGCGUUUUGAGAUGAAACCUGAUGAAUCAUUAGAUGAUUUCUUUGCAUGUUUUAAUAAAAUUCUUAGUAAUCUUCGUGCUGUUAAUGUUACCUUUACUGAUGCUGAAAAUGCACGUCAAUUGCUUAGUGCUUUAGACAUGUCAAUUUGGGAGAUGAAAGUUACAUCUAUUAGAGAAUCUACUGUCAUGAGUACACUUACUUUGGAUGUGCUGUAUUCUAAAUUGAAAACUCAUGAACUAGAUGUUCUGGCUAGGAAGCAUGGUUCUAUGUCAACUGCAUUAACUUCACAAACCAAUUCUAGCAAGUCUCAUGAUGAUAACUCCUCCAUUAGCUACGCCUUGUCUUCUUUGUCUGCGCCAACCAAUGAACAGCUAGAACAACUUCCUGAAGAUAAAUUAGCACUCCUCUCUACUCGUGUUACUAAAGCUUUGCAGAAUGUGAGAUCAAGGAAGAGAGGGAAUUCUGGUCCUCAAAGAUGCUUUGAAUGUGGUUCACUCAAUCAUAUUCGUCCCAAGUGCCCGAAGUUUCUAGCAAGGAUUUCAAGGGAUGAGGAAAAGGAUGAAGAAGAGACUCAAAGUGACAAGAAGAAGCACACAUUUAGGAGACACAAGAAGAAUGGUUACUUAAAUCAAAAGGUGGUGCAUCGUGUUCUUUCUGCUCUUGAGCAAGUAAACUUGAGUGACAUUGAUUCGGAGAGCAGUGAUGAAGACACUUCACGCAAAGGCAAGAAAAUACGUGAGUUGACUGGGUUAUGUCUAAUGGCAAGCAGCAAGAGUUUCUCCAACAGUGACCUUGAAAGCGACAAUGAGGUAGAACCUUCUUAUGAUGACUUAGCUCUUGCUAUUGAAAAACUUGGUACUUUAUUAGAGAAAAGAACUAAAAAGAUUAAGAAACAUGAUGCUUUGAUUGAAUCUUUAUAUGCUGAAAUUGAUAGGCUUAAAACUUUAAUACCUAUUGAUGAUUCAUGCAAAUCAUGUGAUGCUAUCUAUGCUGAAUUUAUUUCUUUAAGAGAUAUGCAUUCUUCUACACUAGAGGAACUAAAUGUAGAAAAAGAGAAAAAUGAGAAUCAUGUUUGUGUAAUUGACAAACCUGUUUCUUGUGAUAAUUGCAAUGUUCUUGAAUUAAAGUUAAAAGAUGCAAAUGCUACAGUUGAUCAAUUGAAACAUGAUCUUUCUACACAUGAGGUUUGUGGCAGAACCGCCUGA